AUGGCAUUGGGAGGUAUGUAUGCCAGCUACAACGACUCACCAUCAAAUUUUGUAAGAGUCAUGGUUCUAGUAGAAGUGCCAGCAACUAACACCAUACUUCUUUUCACAGUAAAUGGCAACGAGCAAAAGAUUCCAAUAUCUGACAAGUCAGUCGAAGAAAUAUGCCAGUGGGUGGAACACCUAAAGAACAUAUCUGGCUCCAGUGAGCACAGACUGGUGAAGACCUGGAGAACAGACACGCCCAGUAUCCAAGGAGUGUGGACACCUUACCUCAAUAAAAAUCCCAAACACAACAUCACAGAUUUUCCUAGUGAUUCUCCUGAAUUUAAACACCAGCCUACUGAGAAAUCUGCCUCUCAAAAUCUUUUGGAAAGAGCAGAUCAGUUACGACGAUUGAAAGCCUGA